CUGAUAAUUCUUUAAUAUAAUGAUGACACGUGUUUAUUUUUUUGACAAAUCAGCAGUCCCUGCAGUGCGUUUUCCAAGCGGAAGCUUCUUCAUCGUUCCAAUUCCAGGCCUAUCCAUCUUCAUCGCUAGAAAUCCGCCAUUUCCUCAGCCCUUCGCCAUCUCCUUUCCUUUUGAUUGUCGACCAAAAAUCCACAACAUCAGCUUUCCUUCACCAACGAUCGCAAGUUCCCUUCCUCAAUUCGAAACGUCAUUCUUUGAGAAUUGCAAGCUACUGGGUUCGGAGGCAAGAUGGAGUUGUCUUAAAAAUGCAGAGGAGUUGGAGGGUGAUGCUGAUUUUGUUGUUUGUGUUGAACUGCUCCAGGCUUUUUCGGCGGCAAUCGGCGCUUAUAAGUAAGGGAAGGUGGCAACUUCCUCACUCUCUUCUUCUGCCCUUUCAAGGCUUUUUCCGCCCUUAUAAGCAAGGGAGGGUGGCUACUUCCCUACUCACUUCCUCUGCUCCUCUGCUUUACCCUUUCAAGGCUUUUUCCACCCUUAUUAGCAUGGGAGGGUGGCUACUUCCCCACUCACUUCCUCUCUUCCUCUGUUUUACUCUUUCAAGGUCCCUUUCUUCUUCUUCUGAUGAUGGUGAUUAGAUUUGUUGAUUUUUUUUCUUGGUUUGAACUUCCAGUUUAAUUGUUUGCACUUGCAUGGUGGGAUUGUGUGGGUGUAGGCCUUUUGAACUAUAAUUUGAUUAUUGGCUUCACAAUUGGAUAGUUUCUGGUCUGGUUAUUUUGUUUUUUUAAGGUACAUUCGAUGGAGGGUGUCAUUUCACAGUGAAAUUAUUAAAGUACUGUUUUUAAGGAUUUUUACAAUGGAAGAUUCAAUCUUGCUCAAAAAUGGCUUUUUCGGCCCUUAUAAGCAGGGGAAGGUGGCAACUUCCUCACUCACUUCUUCUGCCCUUUCAAGUAUGAUCAUAGAAGAAGCACGAGAAACAGGCGGCUUCCUCCACAUCUCAAGACAUCAUCCUCAUCCCGUCCCGCUUUUUUUGGCCCUAUUCGAAAUGGAUCGGAGCACGUGAUAGAAGAAAACAAGAGAAACAGGGACCACUGCGGCUUCCUCCACAUCUCAAGACACCAUCCUCAUCGGCACGUCUCCCGCCCCACUAUUUUUGGCCCUAUUCCAAAUGGAGCACGCGAUCGAAGCCCAAUUGUUGUUAUUAUAUAUUCCCUUUGUUGGUGGGAGGUUUUCCCACAUUCCUUCCACCGCCAGACUCUUGGUGUCCACUGCCCUGAACCCGAGGCGGACGAGGGAGAGCGUGUUGUGGAGCUCGUGGAAGUUGUUCUGGGACGGAGUGCCGGAGAGGAUGAUACGGUGUGGGGUAUUGACCUUCGACAAUGUACUGUAGAUGUUGCUCUCCUCAUUCCUCGGCGUGUGUCCCUCGUCAAGGACUAAAAGCCCUAGAGAAUGAAUCUUCCAGAGCUUUUCGUCAUCCUCCUUGUACGAUCAUCUCCAACCAUCAUCAUUUUGAAGAGGCCGUAGGUGAUCCCGAGAAUCCCGGGCCCUUUUGACCAGGAAUAAACCUUCAGAAGCUGGUUUAUGCCCUUCCCUUUGGGUUGUCCUUUCAGGAUGGGGAUGUCGACGAUGUCUUCAUUCGCUAGAGAGCGAGUUGCCGUUGAGGUUGUGGAAUGGGACGUCUCCGGCGUCCCAUUUCUUGAACUCGCUCUCUCUCAUGUUAGUAGCAUGCUUUGUAGGGGGAUGACCAGGCUAGGCUUGUAACAAAUCAACCGCCUGGAUGCUCUAACCAGAGGCAUUGCAUUUCCUAUGGAAGCCGUACGUUGAUUAGGCCGACGGCCCUGUGGAGGUGAACUGACAGUUGUUUAGUGGCAAGCAUGUUUUUUUUUGAAUGGUUGGAUUAUGUUUGAUUCAGAGAAUUUGAAAAAAGACAAUAAAUUCUUAUUCUGGCUAUCUGGAUCAAAU